AUGGUCUUUUUUGUAGCUUCUAUUAAAUGGCAAUGCAAUCCGAAAUGUUGGAAUGGAGAAGAUACGUGUAAUACAAAAGAAGAGUGUUUUGAUAAAACAGUUAUUUGGUCAGAAUGUGUCUGUCCUAGUGGAAAUAAAUCGUGUUUGAACUAUUUUGGCGAAAGUCGUGAAGACUAUAUAUCCUGCUUACCAUCAUUGAAUGAAUCAUGUGGAUCUGAUAGCACUACUGCUUUCAGAACGUGUCAACCACCCUUUAGAUGUGACCUAUUAGAAAACCAAAACAAAUAUCAAUGUCAAUGCGAUGGAUGUGGUCGAAAUAAUACUAGUUGGUCCAAAAACAUUGUCACAGAAAGCAUUGGUGUAUUUAUAAAUUUUCUGAAAUGGGGAAUGCAAUGUGGUGGAAACGAUUAUCGAGAUGAAACACGAUAUAAAAGUGACCUCUGUGAAGGUGCACCUGGUUAUAAGACGACAACAACAACAGCAGCAACAGCAACAACAGCAGCAGCAACAACAACUAAAACAACAACAACUAAAACAACAACAACGAAAACAACUAUUGCACCAUCAGGUUUGCUGAAAUUGGAAGAAAAAUGUGGUGGAAUUAAUUAUCAAGGUAAAACAGAGUGUGAACCAACAUUUAAAUGUACAGCCAUUGGUCCAUUUUUGUCACUUUGUAAAUGUCCAAAUAGAAGUUCAUGGUGUCCAGAUGCACCUGGCUAUCCGACAACAACUACAAAGCCACCAACAACGGUUUCAUUAGCAACGACGCCAACUCCACAAGCUGCCUGCAAUUUCUGUGGAGUCUUCACCUCUUUUGCGAACGUUUGUCAAAACUGUAAUUUUACAAGAGAUCAUUGCUUACUAACCUGUACAUGUCGAACAUCAUCUUGUGUUACUCAACCGAUGUCAUUUAGCUUGAGCAGUGCUAAAAAUCAAGGAUGUCUUAUCGGCAUGCAAAACGCUAAAUCAUACAACCAGCCCAAUAUCAGCUUAUGUGCAUUAUGGAGCUCAGAUGCAACAACACUAGCCAAUGAAAAUGUGGUUGGUUUACAACCUGCUGGUAUUUAUAUCGAUACUGAAAAUACUAUAUACGUAGCUGAUCGUCAGAAUGGUCGUAUUAUGGUAUGGGAUAAAGAAUCAUCAAUUCCAACAAGAAAUAUUUCCGACAAUUUUAUCAAUCCAUGGAGUCUCUUUGUCACCACCGAUGCCACUAUCUACGUUGACAACGGUGACUUCAACAAUCGAGUGGACCAAUGGAUAUUUAAUGCAUCAAACAGUGCGCCUGUGAUGAAUGUCGGUGGUUCCUGCACAGGACUAUCUAUUGAUGGCAUUAAUAAUACACUCUAUUGUUCAUUAGCAUCUGAGCAUCUGAUUGUCAAGGUUGAACUUAACAGUAGUACAAUGGCGCCUAUCAUCGCAGUUGGUACGGGUUGUCCUGGGUCUGUAUCCGAUAUGCUUGAUCAUCCACAUGGAAUAUUUGUUGAUACUAACUCCUACUUGUAUGUUGCUGAUACUGACAAUAAUCGGAUUCAACGCUUUGCGCCAGGUCAAUUAAGUGGUACGACACUGGCAGGUUUUGGUGCCACAGUGUAUUUCAUACUUAAUAGGCCAACAGACGUCGUCCUUGAUGCCGAUGGCUAUUUGUUCAUCGUGGAAAGUCACAAUCAUCGAAUCAUACGAACGGUAGAGAAUGGAUUUAAAUGUGUUGUCGGAUGCUUCGGUGGAAGUGGGACAACGUCAAGUCAAUUGCAUAAUCCUCAGACUAUGGCUUUCGAUAGUAACGGGAAUAUAUUUGUCACGGAUAUGAGUAAUCACAGAGUUCAAAAGUUUACAUUGGUUGUUAAUACAUGUGGUAUGGGUUUUUUUGUGUUUGUAUAG